GGGGUUUUAGUUUACUUAUCCAUGAAGCGACCCUGAUUUUAAUAGACUCUGAUAUCUGAUAUCUAAACUCACCUGAAGACAGAUUUUGAGAGCUGCUGACAUGAAGCUCCUCUACUUUAUGGUUCUGUUGAGUUUUGGAAAUACUGUUGAAAAUUCAGGAAGACAAUGUGAUAAAAAGACUGACAUUUUCCUCUACAGCAGCAAAAACCUGAGCAUUUCAGAGAACCUUACGACAUUACAGUGCACCUUGGAGAAUUCUGAAUGUUAUGUACAGUGCAGCUUUGUCAAGCUGGGCACAAACAUAAGUGCAAACAACACAAUAAAUGUGGUAGAAAAUCACUCAGAAAAUUACAGUCUUGUCUUGAACAUAAGUGACCAAGAGAUCUCAUGUAAUGUCAUAAAGUGUGAACAGGAUGGAAUAAUUAAAUUGAUAAGUGAAUCACUGAGCUCUAGUGACAUGAAAAUUUUAAGAAGACCAACACACAUCAAAAAUAUGUGUGCUGCAUUGUUUGCUUCAAAUAGUAUCAUUAAAAAAAAUUACAUCAGAGCAGAGAAAAGAUACAUUGAUGCUCUCAUCAAUUUAGCAUUUAAUGAAACAACCAAGAACUACAACCGAGAGGAAUUUAACAUGACUGUAGUUAAGAUGAAUAUGAUGAACACCACAGAUCUCUGGCAUGUACAGAUCUCUGCUCCAAAGGUGCCUGAUGAUGUUCUGCCUUUGGAAGUAUUCAUUCCUAGUGAACCUUUCAUGAAUGUCUCCGAGGAGCAGGUUAAAGUUGGCAUCGUGAACUAUCCCUCUGCUCAAAUUUUUAAAAAUGACUUGAACACUGUGUUGAUGUCCCAAGUUAUUCGUGUUGAAACUGUUGGACAUAAGAUCAAGCACUUGUCCAAACGGCUUGUUAUUGAGUUUUCAGUGAACACAGGAAUAAUGAUCUCCGAACCUUGGAAUCUAUCAUGUCAGUUCUAUAAUGUGGAUGCUAUAGCAGGACAGGAAUGGAAUGACAUGGGGUCUUUUACCAAAGUGGAGAAUUUUAACAGCAGCAACAAUGUAACAUGCUCAUAUGAUCAUAUGACCCCCUUUGCUGUACUUUUGGUUGACAUGAAAAUGACACAAAUUGAUUCUCAGCACUGGAAAAUCCUGUCCUAUCUUACUUACAUAGGUUGUAGUCUUUCGUCAUUUUUCUCAAUAGUCACCAUCUUCCUCUACAUGUUCAUGAGGAGCUCAAGUAGAGACAAUUCCAUCCGUAUCCAUGUGUCUUUGAGUGUAGCCAGUUUCCUCCUCAACACCAGCUUCUUGUUCAUCGAAUGGGGAGCCACUUGGUCUCAAGAAGGUGCAUGUGUCUUAAUAGCAGUGAUACUACAGUACAGCCUCCUGUCCUGUUUCUCCUGGAUGGCCAAUGAAGCCAUACAUUUGUACUUGCUUCUAAUCAAAGUGUUCAACACCUACAUCAAGCACUACAUGGUCAAGCUGUCACUGUUUGGAUGGGGAGUGCCUGCUGUCCUUGUCGGAGGAAGUCUGUGUGUGUUUGGUAGUAAACCAUUUUAUGGCACCACACAAAUACAAUUAUCUGACACAAAAGAAACAACAAAGUUCUGCUGGAUUACUGACCCUCACUUUCUGUAUGGCAUGAACAUCACCUACUUCUGCUUAAUAUUCCUGUUCAACACAUGCAUUCUGGUGAUAGUGACAUAUCAGAUAUUUAAGCUACGAUGCUUGAACAUCAAAGGCAAGACACUUCCAUCACAUACAGACACUUGCACUGUCCUGGGCCUGACCUUCCUGCUGGGAAUGACAUGGGGUUUGGCUUUCUUCAGCUCAGGAUACACAAACUACCCCAUUCUUUACCUCUUCUGUAUCUUCAACUCGCUGCAAGGGUUGUUUCUCUUCCUGUGGUUCUACGGUACAAUGAAGAAGAACAGGAGUCUGGAGGCAAAAACUUCAACUGUGUCCGAGCCAGCCAGUUCUACCCAGUAAAUGCCUAUGAAAGCAGCUUUACCCAGUGAUUAGAUAUUACAUGUCAUUUCGUGGUGAUGUGGUUAUACAUAAUAUACUAAUAGAUAUCAAUACAACACAAUGCCAGAACUGUUGGUCUUUAGAUUAUAUAACUGAUUUGAAACACGCUUCAUCACCUCAAUCUGUGUAACCCAGUACGAAUUUCAUAAUCAGUUGCUCAGUUCCCUCUUUUCCACUGUGAGCUGAUGAGAUUCUUAUUGUCAACACUAUGUACUGUAAGUAAAUGACACACAUUGU